UUUUCAUCACUUCUCAGACCACGAGACAUGUCAACGUCUUCGAAGACACGAAUAAGCGUAUGAUAACGAAUCGAAGAUACUAUCCUGUAUGCUAGACGCGAAAGUAUCCUUUUACCAGCUCCUCGCAUACACCACCCCUUUUUCUGGACCGAAAAGGGCCUCUGUGUCGUUUCACGUGCCUGAGGUGGCGCGGCCGAGGCUGUGCUCUUCUCUUCCAUACCAACGGGAUACAGAUCUUACAGGGAACAAGCAGACCUGUUCCUUCCUUCGGGAUUUUUGUGACUUCAUAACUAUAACCUAAUAGCAGGAUCAAGGCUCUUCGUCCCUGCUCUCGAGUGGCCUGGAUUCAGACUGUUCCAGCAUGGCCGCUUUCGUCUCGAGCCUCAGCCCGAUCCCUUCGUUUCCGGACUACACGGGCCCGUUCAAGGUGGGCACCGUCGACGUCGAAAUACCUGUGUCGGAGCUGGUGUCGCCCAGCCCUGCGCCAGAGGGGGCUGCUGACAUUCAAACCGUGUUGUUCAGGGUUUUUUAUCCUGCGGUGCCUGAAUCUCAGGGCAAACGAGUGUCAUGGCUUCCAGCCCCUCAGCGCCUUCACAUCGCUGCCUACACGCAGUUUCUCGGAGCUGGGUCUACCUUGGCAUCCAUCCUCUCCUUCCUCCCUCGACACCUCCAUUGGACCUCGAUCCCAGCCUACAAGAACGCGACGCUCCUGGCGCCUCCAUCUGACAGGUCUCGCUCGAGAUGGCCAACAAUGAUAUUCUCUCACGGCCUGGGGGGUAACCGCAACGGCUACAGCUACUUGGCUGGCUCUCUGGCCUCAUACGGCGUUGUGGUCGUCUGCCCUGAGCACCGUGACGGCAGCGCUGCCCUGUCCCUUAUCCGAGAUCCCAAGAACCAGAACCGCAAAAGCACCCGGCACAUGGUGCCCUACUUGCGCAUUGCCCACACCCAAACACAUGAAGCUUGGGAAGCCCGCAACAAGCAGCUGCGCAUCCGCCUAUGGGAGCUGGGCCUCACCUUCGAAGCGCUCUUGGCCAUCGACGGCGGCGACCAACCCAUCAUCAGCUCCAACCUCAAUUACAGCACGCCUGAAUCCGCCCUCGCCCAGUUCGCCAACGCCCUUGACAUCCUCGAUCCCGGACGCGUCAUCUUCUCAGGACACUCCUUCGGCGCAGCAACCAUAACCCAGCUGCUCAAAUCCACCUUCUACGCCGGCCACCCGUCUCUCGCUCCAAACCUUUACCCCAACCCCUUGUUCACCCCGUCCCAAAGCUCGGCCAUCGUGGCGCAAAUCACCCCGUCCACCCCGACAAUCCUCCUCGACAUGUGGUGCUUUCCCCUCCUAUCCGCCUCCACCGCACCGCUCUACAACCUCCCCUUGCCCUGCUACUCCCUUCCGAACGGCCGCGGACCGGGUGGCGCCGCCCUUCUCGCGGUCGAGUCCCAGGCCUUCUACAACUGGACCGAGCACCUUCACGCCAAAGCUCGCAUCCUCUCGCCGUCUCCGACUUGCAGGACCGUGACGGCGGACAUGUUCGACGACGACAACGGCACGGACGAUACCGACAUGGAUGACGAGAACCCGAAAACGGAACGGUCUGGACAGAAAAAGCCGAACUUCUUUUACGUUGCGUCGUCCGCACAUCUCAACCAGAGCGACUUUGGCGUGCUGUUCCCCUGGCUGACGAAGCGGGUCUUCAAAGCGAGCCAGCCCGAGCGGGUGCUGCGGUUGAAUGUGCGGGCGCAGCUGCAGUUUCUGAGGGAGAAUGAUGUUGUCGUGGCGGGGACGGCGUGGAGGGAUGUGAUGGUUGAUGAUCUGCACUAUCGCGUCAAGAGUACGGGGCAAGGGGACUGGGUGGCACAGGACGAUGCUAUUCUGAAGAAGGCCGGUGCUGCUGGAGAGGGCGAGGUGGAGGCGUGGAAGUGGAUUGAUGUCGUAGGGUUGGGAGGGGAGUCCGGGCCGUCGGAGUUGGAGAUGCAGAAGGGAGAGACCGGCGUGGAGGACGAGGUGAGGGCCGAGGAAGGCGAGAGGGAGAUGCAGGGGGAGAUGGAGCCUUCGUUGGAGAGGGGAGUGGAGAGUGUGGCAUGACAUGCUGCAAAGUGGGUGGUUGGCAAGAAGAAGUGAGGCGGUGUAUAUCAUGGUGCAUGGCGUGAUUUGUGCAGGCAAGGUGUUGGGCUUGACAGGUAUGAGCAUCAUUGAGCGUUUGCAUAGAGUGUGAUUUAGAUGAUGUUGGCUACUAGGGUUCACGGCCAUAGUGUAAUAUUACUAGUAGACUCGGGUAGAUAUUAAAAUAAUUCACAUCUCC